CAAUUCAACCCCAUUUCUAUACCUUCACCAAUAUCUGCAUGAGAUUGUGGGCACUGGUUUGAAGGUAGAGAGCUAGCUAUGUUUAGAGAGCUGAGGUUUCAUUAGAUACCCUGCUUUUCCAAUCUAGAGAGAUAGAGAGAGUUCUGAGUUUCUUGAUCAUUGAAGAAAUGGCUGUCUUUGACCUCCACCAUCCACUAGUGUUCACAUUUGGAAUCCUGGGUAACAUUGUCUCCCUCUUUGUAUACUUUGCUCCAUUGCCAACAUUUAUUCAGAUUUGCAGAAAAAAAUCAACCUUAGGGUUUCAAUCGCUACCUUACGUCAUGGCACUAUUCAGUUCCGCACUGUGGCUGUACUAUGCAUUCCUUAAAACAAACGUCAUCCUCCUCAUCUCCAUCAACUUGUUUGGAUGCAUCAUAGAGACAAUUUACAUCGCCAUUUACCUUGUCUAUGGAUCGAGGGAGGCUAGGAAUCACACUUUCAAGCUUCUUGCUUUGUUGAAUGUGGGCUUGUUCUCUAUCCUUUUCGUCACACUCUUUUUAAUUAAAAGCACCAAUCGUGUAGAAGUUGUGGGCUGGGCUUGUGUUGUUAUCUCUGUGAGUGUUUUUGCAGCACCUCUAAGCAUUAUGUUUCAGGUCAUUCGAACUAGGAGUGUCGAGUACAUGCCAUUUACCCUAUCAUUCUUCCUUACAUUGUCUGCAGUCGUGUGGUUCGCAUACGGUCUACUGCAGAAGGAUUUGUGUGUUGCUCUUCCAAAUGUAUUCGGUUUCGUUUUGGGACUGCUUCAGAUGUUGUUGUAUGGAAUCUAUAGAAACGCCAAGGAAGUGGUGGUGAUAGAGAAGAAGCUGCAGCCGGAGCACAUAAUUAACAUUGUCGUGUUGGGGACUUCGGAAGUGCAUCCGGUGGAUGCUCAAGCUAAAGAGAAGCGGGACAAUGGGGGCGAAGAAGGCGAAAAGAAGAAUGAACAAACGGAUCAUCAUGAGAAAAGUGUGGCUUCUGCUCCUGCUCAUGAACUCAGUCCUAUUGAAUGUACAGUUUGAUUCACCAAUACUUCGCUGUCUGCACAGCUUGGUACAGCUUGCUUUGCGCUUGUCAUUGCGUCCAUACAUACUCUCUGUCUCUAGAUCUCUCUCUGUGUCUCUCUCUCCCUGUCGAUCUACAUUUGUAAUGGAAUUUAUGAACUUAUGAAAAAAAAUUAAUGUUUAUAAGACUUA